UUAUCAAGUGGAUGAUGGGUAAGCCACUGUGGAUGCUGGUGGUAGUAGGCACAGGGAGUAUGUUAUUGUUGGUGGCGGCAGAGGACACCAUUGUUAAUUCGUACCUGACAGAGCCUUUGUGGCUACGGCUUGGCUUCCAAAAUCGUAAUUGCCGUGAACUGCAAGAUCACGGCCACAAGACCAGUGGUGUUUACACCAUCUAUCCGUACGACUGCUGCCCAAAACGUCCUGUUCGUGUCUAUUGUGAUAUGGACUCUAAUGGAGGAGGAUGGACUGUAAUUCAGCGUCGAGAAGAUAUACUCCCGCGGGAAGAAUUCUACCGCACAUGGAUGGAAUACGCCUUGGGCUUUGGUAAUCUCUCUGGCGAGUUUUGGCUUGGACUCGACCACAUUCACGCCCUCACUGAGCAGACACUCAACCAAAUACACUUUGACCUGGCAGACUUUGACAAUGGCAUCCGAUGGGCACAGUACCAAUUCUUUUAUGUCCAUGACCGGAGUGCCUCUUAUAAAGUUGAGGUUAAUGGGUAUACUGGAGAUGCUGGUGAUAGCUUCAGUGGUGUCAAUGGCCAGAGAUUUACUACCAAGGAUAAGGAUCUUGACACUUACGUAAAGAACUGUGCUGUAAGGUAAGAUCACUAAAAUAUUGUACAUCUAUGUGCUUGUAUUUGAAUGAAGAGAAACUGGAAGUGGUUAAUAUGUUCUGAUGUUGACCAACAUUCCUGCAUGUUUUAUUAUUAAUUUAUUUUGAGAGUGCAAUAUUUGCGAAGAAUUCAUAAUCCCCAAGAACUCUUAGAGCUCCAAAGCUUUAUAAUUAGAUUUUUUUUAAUAUUUAAAGCACAGCUGUAUAUAAGGUUACACAACAUCAGUUAAAACGUGGUAACAAUUGGUAGACAAUAGGGUGGUAUCAAUUAGUGGACAA